AUGGCUCUAAGACUCGCAUCAUUCGCGGCAUCUCGUGUCUCCUCUGCGAUUAAUGUUUUUCAGCACCUUCAAAUUGGUUUCUCGACGCCCUCCGUCUCUUUGAGCCGAGUCGCGUACGUUCCGUUAACUCCCAAAACAGCCGCCGAUGGCCUUUUCUGGCGCGCCGUUGGUACCUUUUCCUCCGAACCUUCCAGGCUUCCGCGGACCGCCGCUGCAGGAGACUUCGUUUCUUGGAGCCCAGUCGAUGCGAUGAAACUAGUACCCGGGCUGCGUGGUGUUCAAUGUAGAUUGCUUGCGACGGUUCGCGACGACAGUGCGACAGCAAGGGAGGUGUCGCUCGUGCAAGGGGCGUCGCGAGGCAUCGGGCUGGAGCUGGUUCGGCAGCUGCUCCAGAGGAGCUCUGACAGCCACGUCAUCGCCACGUGUCGCAAUCCUGCUGCAGCAGCGCCGUUACAGGAGUUACAGAGUAGCAGCGGGGAUCGGCUGACCGUUCUCCCCCUGGACGUGACUGAUGAGGCGUCCAUCGAGGAAGCAGCACAGCACGUGUCAGCCACGUGGGGGCACCUGAACCUCCUCAUCAAUGCGUCUGGCCUCCUCCACGUGCCUGGCGCCAUGAAACCAGAGACAUCCAUGAGAGCACUCACUCCGCAGGCCUUGCUCACCAGCUUUCAGGUCAACGCAAUGGGACCGGCACUUGUCCUUAAGAACAUGGCACCACUGCUGGCAGCAGGCGGAGGGGCAGCGGCAGGGAGGGAGGUGGCAGUGGCAGCGAGUAUCAGCGCACGUGUGUCCUCAAUAGGCGAUAACAAGCUGGGGGGGUGGCACUCGUACCGUGCCUCAAAGGCCGCACUGAACCAACUGGUCCGAACAAUGUCCAUCGAGCUGGCAGCAAAGAAGCAGCCAGUGGCGGCCAUCCUGCUCCACCCCGGAACAGUAGACACAGAUAUGUCCAAGCCCUUCCACAGGGCCGUGCCGCCCGGAAAACUCUUCACGCGUGAGUUUGCCGCCCAGAAGCUGCUGGGGAUUGUAGUUGGACGGGGUGACUGCAGGCGAUAA